CUUCCUUGCUCUGCCUUGUAGCCCUUUGGGUGAUCAUGAACGAGUCCUGCUCUCUGAGAUAUUUAGGGGGUGAAAUCGGAAAGGUCUGGCAGCAGUUUGCCUGUGAAGGGACAGGGAGCUGUCCCCUCAGCCUCCCCGGACCUCGGAUUGGGAACGCCUUUUCCUUAAAAACCGGGAGGAAGCUAGCAGAGCCGGCCAGCCCGAAGGAGCACCUCCAGGGAUUUGCCGCGGCUGCGGCUGCGCAGCUUGGGUUUCCCUGCAAGCGGCUCUGUGAUGGCACUUUGAGGACCGUGGUCUUCUUCUUCGCCUCCAUAUGCGCAUGGUACUCCGGGUACCUGCUUGCGGAGCUCAUUCCAGAAGUCUCCCUGACCAGUGCUGUCUAUAACCUCAGGAGCAUCUCGGAGAAGCCCCUCCUGAAGGCCCCAGCCCCUAAAAGGCAGAAAUGCGAUCACUGGACCCCAUGCCCCUUGAACAGCUACGCGUAUCGCCUGCUCAGCGGGGGCGGCAAGGACAAGUUUGCCAAAAUCUGCUUCGAAGAUGAGCUGCUCAUGGGAGAAAAGACUAGAAAUAUUGGAAGAGGAAUAAAUAUUGCCAUUGUCAAUUAUGUGACUGGGAAAGCGAUAGCAUCACGGUAUUUUGAUAUGUUUGAAAGUGAUAACUCUGGACCGAUGGUGACCUUCAUUCAGAGUGCACCUCCCAAGUCCCUGCUCUUCAUGGUGACCCAGGACGACGGUGCAAGCAGGCUGAAGGAGGACGCCAAGAAGGUCAUAGAAGCACUUGGAAGUAAACAAAUCAGGAGCAUCCGGUUCAGGUCCAGCUGGGUGUUUCUCACAGCAAAAGGCUUCGAGCUUCCUGCAGAAAUUCAGAGAGAAAAUGUUCCGAAGACACGGGAUAAACCCAGCUCGCGGCGCUGCCAUGGCUCAAGCCAGCUUGCUUUUAAGCCCCCAUCAUGUCCCCUUUAUGGAAGAGUAGAAAGAGCAAGAGAAUCAAGUUGUAAUGAAUUAAUUUGGUCGCCUGUGAAAAUUGCAACUGAGCACUGGUGAACGUCAGAGUCCCCACCAGCGCCUCUGGGGACGGUCACAUGGCCCCUUUGGGAGACACAGCUCUUUGGGAGACAAGACAGCUCCCAGGAGAGGAAGGAGCAGUCGCACGACCACGGAGCGAAGUCACCGACUCUUCCCAGGGAAAGGCUUCCUCUCCUGGAGCCAGAAACUCGGAGGAGACAGAGGCUGGGCGCCCCCAGCCUGGGCGAGUGGCUGCUUCUGACUUCAGGCUGGGAGCCCUGGUCUUGGUCCUGGUCCCCUCCUGGCACCGUGUGCUGUGGCUGUGGGUCUGGGAAGGGAGACAGACGGAGGCAGACCGCGGCUGGGCCUCUCCUUGUUGGCAGGAUCCCCUCGCCGGGGGAGGUGGGAGGUCAGUGUGGCCACGCGAGCAGAUGACUCAUCGCCAGCUCCCAGGGGCGCCCCGCAGCCCCUCUGAAGCCCCCCGGACGCAGCACUCUGGAGGCUCCGAAAUCAGGCUUGUUUAACACGCGUCGACAAAAGCACGUUUCCCCUUGUGACUCUCGCGUGCUUUCGCGGACCGAGCCAGUCGUGCAGGACGUGUCGGGAGCAUCUACUCGGUGCUCUAGCGUGGACUUCUUGGUACUAGUGACUGGGUCUGGACACCCAGUGUACCGGCGGGACCUCAGACACAUGUCCCAGUGAGAGACAUGCCCCGGGCUCUGUGCGGGAGCACCGUCUGGACCACACGGCAUAGUGCGCUAAGUCAGGCACAGCCAGGGGCCGGGGCUUGGCGUCCUGUGUCAGAUUUGCCAGGGGCCACGAGUGAUCCCACGCAAACCACUUGACCUCCGUGGGCCUGUCUGCUGCUCUGGGCAAUGGGUUGAAAGCUAGGUAGCUCCUCAGGGCCCGGCGGCUCUGACGGGGAGAUGCACC